AAAGCAGCGUUUAGGGUUUAGCCUCUCGAACCCCCACGAGGUUUUGCUUCGACACCGACGCGAGAAGUCAGGGGAAGAGGGAAAUGGCAUCGUUAUCCCGCACAGCCGCCGCCGCCGCCGCCGCCGUGAGGUCGGCGGUCCGCUCCGCACCCCUUACCGGCCGCGUCCUCGGAGCGCCACUGCCUUCCCUUGCCUCGACUUCCGCUGCCCGGUCCGCCCGGAUCCUCCGCAGGUCGGCGGCCGCGGCGUCCGCGGGGCUCGAAACGCUAUUGCCUCUGCACAGCGCGGUGGCGGCCGCGCGGCUUAGGUCCUGCAUCGCGGUCGAUUCCACCUGCUGGAGCUCGCUCUCGCAAGGUUUAAACAAGCGCAUCUGAUCAUGGCUAGGAGCUGAGCAGAAGAGAAGAUAUGCUUUGCCUUUAUGACUGAGAGCUGCACCUGAAGAAACCAAUGCAUUAGGAAUUACAAACAAGGGCUGUAAUAAUGUGAUUCUUGUAAACUAAUUUUGCCUUUGAAGUUCAUUGAAUUUUGUAACGUGAAUCAUCCACAGAUGUGCAACUAGCAUUUGUUGAUGUUUGAAUUUUAUUUAUGUGGAUCUAUGCAUUAUCAGCUCCACUUUCAAACACCUGGUUCAUUAUUGGCAUUGGCUGCUCAAA